AAUAUAAUAAAAAUAGAAUUGUUUUACAAGAGGGUGAUGCUGAAUUACAAGAAUUAGAGUUACCUCAAGAAAUAAUUGAUAAGAUUGAAUAUUAUACAGUUGUGAGACAAUUAGGAGCAGGACAACAGUAUGAUCUUUUGACUAAAGAGUUUCCCGAAUUUCAAAUACACUGCAAAAAUAUAUAUAAUGCAAUGCAAAAAUUUCAUAGAUCUAAAAAUUAUGAUGAAAAUGAUGUGGCAAAACUUUUGCAAAAACUUUUUAAAGAAUGUGAAGCAGACCCAGACUUGUUUAUUUAUGCUAUUUUGAAGGUUUUUAAAGCCAGUAUUCAAUCAACCCAGCAAGUAGAAUGUUUAAACAAUGUUCUCAAAAAGCAUCUCAAUCAAGGAACUUUACUUACAGAGCUGGUAGAUGUUAUACAAAAAGAGUUAGAAAAAGAAGCUUCAUAUACUAGGAUUAGAGACUAUUAUAGAUUAAAUCCUUCUGUAUAUUUGCCAUCAACUUAUAAUAUAAUUUUUAAGUCUAUUGAUCAAGUUUUGCAAAUGUUGCUUUUUCCAAUUCCUCUUUCUCUUCAAUAUGCACAAAUGAAACAAUCUUUGUUAUAUGUUGCCAUUUUAGUCGAUUUAAAUAAAAUUCAUAAUAUUGAAUAUGACUGUGAUGAUUUUAUUGAGUAUGAUGAUAAAGUAUCUCAAAUUCGAAUUAAUCAACUCCUAGAUAGUAUUUUAUCUGAACAUAUUA